AUCGAAACAGAAAAAGAAAAAAAAAAUGUUAUCUAAAUUCCCACAACAGCGAUGACACACAAAUCCUCCCUGAAUUCUCGCUAUGCCUUGGAAUCCUGCACUUUCCAGUUCCACAGCUGGAGGCCUUUUCAGUCCCAAAAUCUUUCCAAAACCCUUGAACCUGAUCUCUACACUACCAAACCCUCCUCUACCACCACUCCCAAUGGCGUUUUUCACAGCAACAGGCCUUGCCUCUCCAACCGCGCCACCAGUUUCUCUGUUGACAGUCUAGACAUGUCCAAACUGCGUUUGUUGGAAGAAGAGAGGAUGCCCAGGGCUCCUCACAAGAGAGACAGCUUCGGCUGGAUCGCUAGGAAGCGGAGGCGGCGCGGCUCUCGAUCCGUCCCUGGCCGGAGUAGUGACAAGAGUGGGACUCGUCGUUGCUGCUCGGUUGGGGCGUCUGCAGCUUACGCUACUUGUUCCGAUUUUCCUAUUGCCGCCGGCACGGAUUCCAGUGGGGAGUUGUUCGUGAGUAAUGGGAAUGCCAGUUGGGCGUCGGAUGUUAGUGAAGCUAAUAAGCAUUCCAGAAGGGAUGGGACUGGGAAGGAUAUUGGGAGUGGAGAGAGGGACAAUUUGGGUUCUGGGUCUUGGCAAGCUGGAGUUUUUGAAUCUCAAGGCAACGAAUCAGGUUAUGGGAGUGAACCGGGUUACAGAGGGGAUGCAGAAUUCGGCUACGGUGAUGAGCUCGACGAGGAAGAAGACGACGGCCGGCCUUUUUCUUGGGGAAAUCGAUUUGGUGAUACUGAUCGUAAUAUGGAGAUGGUUGGGGUGAACACAUUUUCAGAGCAAAAAGCUUAUCACAGGUGUAGGCGUAAGAAGCAAGAUUGGAGGGAGACUCAGCUGCUAAGGUGAUCGAUACUGUUUCCUAACGUAUAUGAUUAAAUUGUAACUUUAUAUCCAGUAUUUGCUGUUCAUUCAGCUGAAAUUAUUGGAUUCUGGUCAGUGACACUUUAUUGGACUUAUGUUUAGGUCUGUACAAUGUCUUCUUUCAUUGAUGUGGCAUUUUGGUGGUUCCUCCCCACCCCUUUUUCUCCCAUGAUAUUUGUAUAGGACUUUAACCAUAAGUGCUAUUGUACAUUUUGGAUAAGGAAAGAAAUAGAAUAACUGAAGAAAUCAAAGAGCUAUCCCUAAUGGGCCUUUUCCCUUUUGUGCA